GGGUUCGUCCACAGGGAAGAGGAGGGAGAGAGAGGAGGGGGCGCGGCCGCAGGUGACUAAGAAGAGGCUUAGACAACAACCGAUUACAAAGUCAUUCUCUUCGCAGUGGCAGAUGGAGUUUAGGAAGAGGUGGCUAAGGUUUGUGUACAGUCAGCGCCUGACGUUGAACAUCUUCCCGAGCGAGCCAUGGUUGGACGUCGUCCGACAUUUCAGGGAUUUGCCUGGGCCAGUGAAGGUUUUGUGGCCUUCACAGAACGAGAUUGCGGACAUAGAGACAGUUGUCCAGACGACGGACGAUGUGGCGGCAGAUCUUGCGGAGCUCAGGGCUCCAUUUUAUGUCACGGGGGCCACCAUCAUGUCAGACGGCAGGAAGUCACGCGAUGCUAAACCCAUCGUUAACUUCCUUGCCGGCAGGUCACGUGCGGUGAUGCUGAUUCGGACAAUGAACAGGGAGGGUGAGUGGGACCGGGCGGAGGAUGUGUUGGCGUGGUGGAUCAAGGUGUUUGAUGACUUCCCCCCGAAGUGGGUGAACGCUAUGUGCACCGACUCUGUCUCGGCGUACGUUGGCGCGGCGGACAUGCUCCAGGGGCCUGAGCAGAGGCCAGAGCAUCGUUGGAUCACGUGGCUCCCAUGUGUAGUGCAUGUCUACAACAAGAUGUUGUCAGAUAUUGGCUGCUCGAGCGCGUGGUCCAAGGACAUCAUCAUGCGGGUGAGAGCGGUGGUGCGCUUCAUUAAGGAGCACGGCGCCGCUCUUUAUAUCUUCAGGAAGGAGAGUAGGCAAAUGUGCCUCGUUUAUCCGUGCGAGACACGAUUCUCAUCCGUGUUCUCGAUGAUUGAGCGUUUGCAGACAGUGAGGUCAGCAUUGGAGAGGACUGUGGACGGCGAUGGUUGGGGUAUGGUGGCAGGUGCGACAUGGCCCUUGGUGGGAUUCCAUGGCCGUUCUUUUCCGUAUUAUGGAGCCUGUGUACGACAUGCUGCGGAGGUUGGAGGGCUGCACAUGUCGCGGGUUAUUCAGUGGACGCAGGAUGUGACCCGCGAGGUGGCCAGGGAGGUUCGUGCACUUCAAGCGGAUUCUGCACACUACAUUGUGCAGAGGGUGCAGGCUCGAUGCGCGCACAUGUUGGAGCCGGCCCACGCCGCUGCUCACCUUCUUUGUCCCAGCCGGCGGGACUUGAGGUACUACGAGGGCGUGGUGAGCAGCUACGACGCGAGCUUGGUGAGGGAGGCAGAGGCUUACAUCUUGUCGCAGAUAGGGUUCAGUGUAGCGAGCCCCGAGUACGAGACUGCAUGUGUGCAGCUGCGCGACUUCCACACACGAAGGGGGGGGAUUGCGUGGGGAGGGAGGGACAGAGACAGAGAGGCACAGAGGUGCACCGGCGACGUGGAGACGUACGAGGCCGGGCGUUGGUGGUCGAAGUGGGGACAGUGCGCCCCGCAGUUGCAGGCCAUUGCUCUUCUUGUUAUGUACAUGUGGACGUGCUCCUCUCCUGCGGAGAGAAAUUCGGCCGUCCACGAGGGUGUAGAGACGAAGAAGCGUAACCGCCUCGAGUUUGAGAAGGUUUCGAAGUUGUUGAGAUCUCAACCAACGUCCGCCUUCUCUCGCAUCAGCGCGCAGGUCGUGGGUUUGCGACCGUGGACUAUAGAUGAGUCUAUGUUGGAUGUGGAGGGAGGCCUCGGGACUCACCCCUCCUGGAAGGGGACGGACGAGGGCAGGACGCAGGAGGACCUUGAGUCUCAGAGACGUUCAUGGCAGCGAGACCCGUGCGGGUCGAGAGCUCCUCCGGGGGAGGUGGCAGAUGUUUUUGGGACUCGAGCCGCCACAUUGCACCCGUACCCUCGAGACGACAGUGAUUCCGAGGGUCACGAGGACGAGGACGAGCGGGCGGGCCCCACCACCGCCGCUCAUGCGGCACAGCAGAGUGAUGAGUGGAGUGACCCGGAGGACUUCCGCAGACGGACUGACGGUGAUGGCUUGUUCACAGGACUUGAUUCGCAGGGCGAGGAGGAGUUAGGUGGUUCGUAUGGGAGCCCUGUCGAGCGACAGAGGCCUUCGUCACAUGGCCCGCGGGCCGCUAAGCGAGAGGGAGCUCCUGGAUCUCCACCUUCGAGGGGGGCAGAGUCGGGUUGUGGUGGGGAGGUCCCUGGCGGGGGUCCUGCACAUGUUGGUGGCGGAGGCGGUGGCGAGGAUGCCGCGGUAGUUGAGGAGAAUGAGCAUGGGAGUGUUCGUGAUGAGGGGAUGUUGGCAGGCGGCGGAGGAGGUUUGAGCGAGUUUGAAAUGUUUGGUGACCUGGGAGUCGGAUUGGGACAGAUCAGCGCCCUGCACCCAGAGACUUUCACACCUGCCAUGCACGACGCGUUGAUGUCGCCACCGCUUGAGGCUGAGGGAGAUGAGGAUCGCACAYCUCCUGGAGAGACAUCUAAGGAGAGGUUGGAUAGGCUUGAGAGUCGUCGAGCAUGCCUCAUGGCACGAGCGGACCCCAGGACCCAGGAGUUGACCCGUGUUGUGGSUGAGGAGCGACAUAGAGAAUUGGGGACAUUUCCGCCGGCRUCCCUUCACGUAGAGACAACURCCCCCAUGGAUCCUCCRAAAGGGGAUCACGAUAGGACGCARGGGGAGGGAGCUUUGGCAGAGGCAUCGAGCAUGGGAGGGGAUGAUGAGCAGAGGGAGCCGCGCGAGAGGCACGAGACAGGGUUGGCAUCGCUAGAGGACCGACCUUUGGUGCCUGACCAGACUCCCACCGACGAGCAAAGGCCCGAGGGGACGUUGCAUGACGCUGCCGACGUGCCUCUGCCCGCGGCUUUGGAUGAGGGAGCCAUGCACAUGCCCCCGGGUCUAGAGGACAUAUAGACAGGGCAGUCGGUGGGCAUUGAAGUUGCUCGACCCU